AUGGGACCUAGCGCCAACUGGCCAGCGCCAGCACCCCCUCCCCAAGUGCCGCGAAGGGGGCUCUGCCUGACGCGCCUCGCGCGCGCCUUCGGCUCGCCCUUCUCGGCUGCCUUCCGCCCGCCAGACCGGCCAUCUCCCCCGCCGCGCCAACUGGCGCCCCCCACCCCCCUCGACCUACCCGGCGGCCUCGCCCGGCCCCUCUCCCAGGGCCGCGACGCGCCACCCGCGGCCCCCUCGCCCCGGGCCUGGAGGACUAAGGACCGCCUGUAG